AUGACUCACAGCAGGAUGAUGAUGGCGAGGAACCGGAGCCCCGGGGCGGCUGUGAUGACCUCGAAUCAGAGGUUUUCAAAUCGUGAUGAUCAUGGGUUGGCGGGAGAUGAUGAAGCUCAAGCUAGCAUCCGCCCUCCGCGGUUCCGGUCGAAGAACGCAGGAUCUCGGUCGUCGAGCGUCACAUCGUCUCUUCCCAUUGACCCUCCGACUACUGAUACUGAUGAUGCGGAAACGCAGCACAGCAUGGCCGACAACGAGUCGGAAGACGAUAGUCCCCAGGCCGUGCCGCGUCACCGCUCCGAGUCAUCAGAGCCCGAUCUCAAUGACGGCUCUCGCUAUGCUGUUCAGAAUCGCCAAGGUCUAUCAGACGAUGGGUCGGAUAUGGAGAUGGCGGAGGUUGUUGUUCGCUCUAAACCACGACCGUUGACGAAGAAUCAGCGGAAGAAGCUCAAGGACGAGAUGCCCGAGAUUCGCGAAGCCAAAAUAAAGGCUCCCCAUGCAAGCCAAGUUGACGAGGACAAUACUGUGGUCUGGCAGUCCCACACGGAGAUUGUGCUCAAGCAUGGAGGUGUCAAGAGUAUGAAGAUCGAUUUGAAGCCACAAAACGCAGACGUCCGGCAGCUCAUUCAUGAGAGCUAUCCGAUUGGCGAUCAACUUCUUGUGUUCGGACACGAAGAUCAGCCGCUCAAGUUCUCGGAGCUCAAGAUAAUGGAGACACCGAUGCAGAAGGAAUGCGUCGACAAGAUCGCCUUCAAAGCAUUGGUCAAGGCUGCAGACAAGCUCCGGUUUGAUGGCGAAGGUGUCUCACCGCCUGCUUCUCAACCGAACAUCAAUGAAGAAAGCCCUUACGCUGGAGGCGGCCCCAAUGAGGCUGCAUUGCUCACGGACAUGAGGUAUAUCUAUCCAUGGACUGAAGAGGCUGGCUUCGAUCAAAAUGCACCCUACGAAAAUCCGGUCAUUAUUCCAGCUGUGCACGCAGCAUUCUUCAUGUCUACGCCCAACUACGGGAUUAGCUUGCUUAGUAAUGGCGACAACUUCAAGUCCUCGAACGUGCUGACUGCAUCUGAAUACGAGAUUCCGCCAAGAAUGCUCGCAUUGACUAUGACAGCGGUUGAGGCAGUCGUCUCCGAUCACAAGCUGAAGUUACAGAAACCCAUGGAAUUCGGACCAGCCAAUGCGUCGACGUAUCGAGAGCAUAUGAUACGACUCGCUGACUUCCGCCAGCAAAAGCCGAAUCGCUAUCAUCGGGUGAUGCACAAUAUCUUCAAGGCUGUGGUGUGCGAUCGCUUCAUCUUCUUGUGGAUGCAUUUCACUGACUCGUAG